GAAAAUCACCAUUAAAAUCAUUCCACUCUCAUCAGAGUGUAAAGGUAUAUAUCGGCUGCAAGUUAACUACUAUAAAAUACAGACUUGAUUUACUAACUCAAGAUCAAGAAAGAAAUCAUCGAUUCUCGAUUUUAUCACAAGAUUACAACAAUUUUUUUUACACAAAAAAGUCAAACCCGCAUUGAAACCAAAUCCUAAGUACAAAACUAUCUACAUAAAUCCAGUUUUUCCAUUACUUACUUUUGGACCAUACAAUAUCAUAUUUCCAGCCGGAUUAUGUGCAAUUUUUUUGCACAAACUUAACUUUCAUAAGUGUAAAGAAUGCCUGCAAAAAUAUACCUGUUGACUCCUGCCCAACGUGUUAAACGCCUUGUUAAAUAAGAUCAUAACGUAUGGUUUCGUUUUGGAAGUGAAUUUUACAAAUGUGUCAUUGAGACAUUAACAGGAAAAUUAUUACCCCUCUCAAAAAUAAUAAGAUUUCCUGAAAUAAUCCACAGUCCACAAAAUGGGGAACCCCACGACCCAAGACUGGGUCCGGUUGGACGUCCUAAUCCUCCAACGAGCCUGCAACCUCCUCCGAAAACAGUUCCUUCGCCGCUGGAACCUUACCCAAUCCUCCGAAUGGAUCGAUUCCCCCGAAUUCGGAUCCCACUUCAUUUCCGGUUUGGCCGCCCAGAUUUACAAAAGCGUUGGACGCCUCCACAAAAUGACGCUGGCGGAAGGUGACGUGCACACCUGGGAUUUUUCCCUCCUCACCAAAAUCCUCCAGCAGGUCGACUUUCUCCCCAAAGAGGAGGAAACUUAUGCAAAUUUGAGGCAGGAAUUUACCUCGGAAAACGCCAAAAUUUCCGAACUUAUCUCCUACAGUAAGCAAGCUCUCGAAUAUCCCGCCAAAACGAUGGAGGAUUCCGAAUUUUCCCGCUUAUGGGACCACAUCGAGUCGAUUUUAGUCUCUUUUGGGGAAAAUGAGAAGGAAUUGGAGCAACUGAAGCGGACCGAGAGUGUCAGCGAGGAGGAUUUAUGUUCCAUUUUGGGGGGUCGCGAUUCGCCCCUGGUGGAUGAAAAUUGUGUCGCGGAAGCGCGAAAGUUGAAGGAUGAGGCGAAGAACUUGAUAAAUUCGGGGGAUCUGAGCGGUGCAAUUGAGGUGCUGACGGGGGCGGUGGGAAUGCACAAAGGGCUCCCGGCGGGGGACCUCGGAGCGUUGUAUGCCAUGCGGAGUGACGCCUAUUUGAAGCAGGUGGGCACUUCCAAGGGGGGAAAAGAGGAGAGGAUGGAGGGGGCUUAUGUCGCGUUGAAGGAUGCUAAGCAGGCCAUGUUUCUCAGACCAGCCUGGGGCCUCGCCCACUACCGCGUCGGGAUGGCGUACGUGGAGCUGGGUAAAUACAAGAAGGCGUCGAAAUACCUCGAUCAAGCCUUGGACCUGGAGCCGAACGAGGAGGAAAUUCGCGUGGCCAAUUCCACCUGUAAAAUCAAGCUUGUCCAACUCUCCGACGACUUCGCCCCGGAAUUAAAGACCUUCCAAAAGGUCAACUUCCUCCCGAAACCGCGCCCCCUUCCAGGUGGAACGCGUCACAGCCCGGAAGUCAUGGACCAGCUGGACAUGAUCUUUUUCCCGGAGGACGAAGACAACAUUUUGGGCGAUGUGUAUAAAGCGCACAAAUUCAGGGAUGGAAUCAAUACCAAACAGAGCUAUAAAGAUGCCGCGAUCCUUUACCGGAAGGGAGUUAGGUCACGAAAUGCGGAAUGCAUGUAUAACUUGGCCCUCCUCAAACUUGAAGGGAACGGAAUCAAGCAAGACGUCAAAGGAGCCAUCGAUCUUCUCAAACGUGCCGCCAAACAACCCACCAAACUUUGUAAAGGAUCCGGCUACAAUUUCGUCUCGAACGUGGGCGUCAUCGAAGCGUCCUUCGUCCUCGGCCUCCUCGCCGCGGAAGGGAUCGCCUUCCCGCCACAAGAAGACCUCCAUUCUGCCGCCGUGUGGUAUCAAGAAUCUUCCGAACACGGCUCCGGUCCCGCCGCGCACAACCUCGCGCUCCUCUACAGCAAAGGGAACGGCGUCCCGCUCAACGAAAAGCGGGCCGUUCAGCUCUGGAAAUUGGCGGCAAGUCGCAAAGUUCCCGAAGCCAUGUUUGGUCUCGCGAUCCACCACGCGAAAGAAUGGGAGACGACGGAGGCCCGAAAAUGGUUUGAGUUAGCGAUCAACGAGUACGGGGCGGAAUUUCCGUGCAAAUUUCAUAACGUUUUUGAGGAGGAGGAGGAGGAGUCGAAAGAGAUUUGUUGGACCCCGACGGCCACGCUGAUUAAUGAGUUUACAACGGUUCUGGAUACGAUUGAUUAUUGGAGGGCGCGAUACGGGCAGAAGGAGAUUGCUAGAUGGGAGGUCCUCUCCGGAGAGAAGGCGACCAAUCAAAACCUAUCCGUCAAGUACCGCUUGGCCCGAAUGUUGCACGACGUGGAGGCCGAAAAGGAGAAGAUUUUCGCGAUCGAAGCCUACUUCCAGACCGACCUGGCCACCCCGCCGGUGCAGAUUCCGUUUCAAAAUGCGAAAUCUUGGGCAAACCGGGUUCGUCAGGGGAUGUUACUGAAUCAGAGCGAGGGGGAGGAGAGCAGUCGGGAAAAUAGUCAGAGUCGAUCCGUCAGCAGAACGUCGUCCGGGGGGUCGAGUGAAGAACCCGAAUCGGUGGGAAGUUUGUCUGCCUAAUUAAUUAAUUAAUUAAUUAGUUAAUUAAGGUCCCAUGUUAUUGUUAAUUAAAUUUGUAAGGAUGUCCCGGUUAGUUGUAUAAUACCCGGCGUGAAAUAUUUCCCGGGUUCGGGUAUUCUGUUACUUCCAGAGAUUUUAUUUUGUACCAAGGACAAAAAUUAGAUCCAUCGAAUCGCAAUUUUUUUUGCAAGGUUUUGAAUUAUAAGUAAAUAAGUUGAAAAUGUAAAUUACUUGGACGGGUCCGGGUAUCCAGAAAAAUUGCCGGGUAGUUGUAAUAUUCGGUGUCCGACAUGAAAUAUUUCCCGGGUUCGGGUAUUCCAUUCCUUCCAAAGAUUUUAUUUUGUAACAAGGAUAAAAAUUAGAUUCAUCAAAUUACAAUUUUUUGCAAGGUUUUGAAUUUCAAGUGAAUAAACUGAAUAUUUAAAUUACUCGGCCGGGUCCGGGUAUCCCAAAAAAUGCCCGAGUCGGCCGGGUAGUUACCCGGGCCGGGUAUCCCAUUCCUUCCAAAUAUUUUACUACAAAAAUAGGAUUGCAAUUUUUCUUUUAAUUCAGAGAAAUAAAUUUAUCAUGUUAAUUCCUCGGCCGGGUAAAACCAUGUACUUUUGAAUACCCUGUUGGGUCCGGGUAUCAAAAAAUUGCCGGGUAUCGUGUAGUUACUCGGGACAUCCCUAAUCGAGUAUGUUGAACUGACACGAUUUUUAGUUUUAAGAGCGAUUUUAUGAUGUUGAAACGAUGUGAUGAUUACGAAGCCACAUUUCUUUAGCGAAAUAUACAUACACUUCAGUAUUACAUGCAAUUUUGCAAUGUACAUAUUUAGUUUACCGAUAAUGAUAAGUUGCUCGCAAAUACUUUUGCAACUUGCUGUUUAAAUCUCAACAAAUUGUUAACCCACUGAAUUUUCAAUAAAAUGCAGGAGGAUUGCAAUAUUAAGGAUCACAUGAAAUGAAAAAAACGGGUAUUUCGGGAUGAUUUUUCGGGUAACAUUUAAAAUAUGUAUGUAUGUAUAAAUCUACCGACAAAAUAUAUAAAUUAAUUAGUUUAAUUAGUAAUUAAUUGGCUUAGUUAGUACUUAAUUAGUAAAUAUGUGCAUUUUUUGCCGCUGAGAAUUAAUAAUGAACUAAUAUUUAAUUAAGAACUCGUUGACUAAUUUAUUAAUCUGUACGUAUGCUGAAUUAAGUAUGCCAUUUUUUGCGACAGUAACCAUUUUAAUAGGUAGAUGAUUAAUUAAUUAAUUUUUAAUUAAAAUACAGAUUUUGAGUAAAUACUAGUUACAGAAUAGAUUGUACUCGAUCUUGUUAAAUAUUGUUAACACAUUUGAGAGCUUUACUGGUUUAUUGACGAAUAAAGAUUACGAGUACGACUAUAAAA